UCCACUUGUUGUAGCCAAGAAGCAUUCAAAGCACCAGGGCUCAGGCGCCUCCCACCUACGAGACGCGGGUAAAUCAAGGGAGACACGCGUUGUUGUUAACGUCAAAGCAAACCUUCAGUUUCUUUUCAAGCUACAAACAACAUAAGUUAGUACAUUAUGUCAAAGAAGAAAGGUCUCAGUCUGGAGGAGAAGCGCAGUCGAAUGAUGGAGAUAUUUUUUGAGACGAAAGAUGUGUUUCAGCUGAAGGAUAUUGAGAAGAUCGCUCCAAAGACCAAAGGAAUCACACCCAUGUCAGUGAAGGACGUGCUGCAGAGUCUAGUGGACGACAACAUGGUGGACUGCGAGAGGGUUGGCACUUCAAACUACUACUGGGCUUUCCCCAGCAAAGCCCUCCAUGCCCGGAAACGCAGACUGGAUGAGCUGGAGAAACAGCUUUCUGAAGCAAAGAGACGUAAAGAAACCUUACAGCAGGCUGUCGAAAAGGUUAAAGUGGGACGUCAAGAUACUGAGGAGAGGGCCUCCCUUCAGAAGGAGCUCCAGUCUCUGAGGGAGCAGAGGGCCCAGCUGAAGGCUGACAUGGACAGGUACAGGGAGUGCGACCCGGAGGUGCUGGAGGAGAUCCGGAAGUCCAGUGGAACUGCAAAGGAAGCUGUCAACCGUUGGACAGACAAUGUGUUUGCCAUGAAAUCCUGGGCCAAGAGGAAGUUUGCGUUUGAGGACAGCCGCAUUGACAAAGCCUUUGGAAUACCGGAAGAGUUUGACUACAUGGACUAGCAGGUUCUCCUCCUUCCCUGGGAUACACACAACAUCAGUACAUGUAGAGGACUGUACAUUUUAUUUAUUUGAUAAUGUAUAGAAAUUGUACAUAGUGCACAAAGUUGUUUUCUUUCCCCCAACAAUUUUACUGUGUUUUUUCCCCAUCAGACCAAAUUCUAAUCAUCUGCACAUUAGAAUUUUAUUAAUGAUUCUUUAAUCAUUUGUUGAUUAAAGAAUAUAUAUAUAUCGCCUAAUCUCUUGUAAGGGGCCUUUUGUGAGUGGAUGGGUCGAUGAUAAACAUAUGAGUUUCUCAGGGAUACACUGAUAUUCAUCUGAGUGGAUGCGAAAGGAGAAGCUUUUGCCACUUGAAUGAUGCGAGAGUUGCUGUUGCUAUAAUCUUCACAAGGAUAGCGGACUGGUGCUCCAGUUAGAAUGGGACCACAACACAGUUUAAAUGUGGUAAAAUCAAAACCUGAAGAAGAGUAGUAUUGUCAGUUCUAGGAAGUCAGCAGUCACCUUGGAGUGGACACCUGGUGUGAACAGAUGUGAUGCCAAGUCCAGUGUUAUUGUGCCAUUGUUACCGUCCUUAGUACACGUUCUUGUAAAUGUUUAACUUUGAAAAUUCUCAUGAAAAAUAUUAUUUGUAUCAGUUACUGGCUUGCUUUUGUAAUAUGUGCAUGUAUUGUACAAUGAAAAUUUAAUAAAUAUUGGCUAAUACACACA